UCUUGUGUCCCCCCCCCAAAAAAUAUUAAUAGUCUCCCUGAACUCUCCAACUGAGACAAGGUCUUAUCAGCCGAGCUCCUAAAGGAGGGCUGGUUCGGGAAUUGGUCCUCGCUGAAGGAUGGCUUAUCACAGGCACGCAGGGCCUGCCAGCUACACGGUGGGCACCAUGUCGGAGCGCUUCGACUGCCACUAUUGCCGCGACAACUUGCACGGGAAGAAGUAUGUGCAGAAGGAAGGCCGCCAUUGUUGCGUCAAGUGCUUCGAGAAGUUCUGCGCCAACACCUGCGCCGAGUGCAGGAAGCCGAUCGGAGCCGAUUCCAAGGAGUUGCAUUUCAAGAACCGCUACUGGCACGAUAAUUGUUUCCGCUGCUUCAAGUGCUCCACGUCUCUGGUCAACGAGCCCUUCAUGCUGAAGGAGCACAACAAAGUUUGGUGCAGCAAGUGUACCAUGGAUCAGGCCCCACACUGCAAGGGCUGCCAAAAGCCCAUUGUGGCAGGUGACCAGAAUGUGGAAUACAAGAAGACAGUUUGGCACAAGGAGUGUUUCACCUGCAGCCAAUGCAAGCAGGUGAUUGGCACCGCCAGCUUCUUCCCCAAGGACGACGAGAUUUAUUGCACCUCCUGCCAUGAGCAGAAAUUUGCCAAGACCUGCGUGAAAUGCAAGCAGGCCAUCACCUGUGGAGGGGUGGCCUACCAGGAGAAGCCGUACCACUCCGAGUGCUUUGUCUGUGCCACCUGCUCCAAGAAACUCGGAGGGCAGCGCUUCACGGCCGUGGAGGACCAAUUCUACUGCGUCGAUUGCUACAAGUCCUUUGUGGCCAAAAAAUGCAGAGGUUGCCAGAACCCCAUCACAGGCUUCGGGAAAGGCACCAACGUGGUGAGCCACGAAGGCCACUCCUGGCACGACUACUGCUUCAACUGCAAAAAGUGCUCCGUCCCGUUGGCCAACAAGCCCUUCGUCUUCCACGCUGAGCAAGUCUACUGCCCCACCUGCGCGAAGAAGCUGUAAGGGGAGGAGCCGGGGGUAAAGGGGGGGCGGGGCGCGGCCUCGCCUCUUCCCUGGAGGGGUUCGAUCCUGCGACACGCCUGCCCGCGUUGUAGGCUUUCCCAUGCCCGUCCUUAAGAGGUGCCCGGCAUCUCACCCCUCCCCAUCUGACAGGCGACGUUCAAUAAAAGCUCUGCCUUAGCAUCCUAACUAGCGCUAACCUUGCUUAAACUUCCUGACAGUAAGAGCUGUUCGACAGUGGAAUUUGCUGCCAAACUAACCUUGCUUUAACUUCCUGACAGUAAGAGCUGUUCGACAGUGGGAUUUGCUGCCAAGGAGUGUGGUGGAGUCUCCUUCUUUGGAGGUCUUGAAGCAGAGGCUUGACAGGCAUAUGUCAAGAAUGCUUUCGUGGUGUUUCCUGCUUGGUAGCGGGUUGGACUGGAUGGCCCUUGUGGUCUCUUCCAACUCUAUGAUUCUAACUUCAAGAAAGAAGAUUCCACCUAAACAUUAGGAAGAAUCUCCUGACAGUGAGAGCUGUUCGGCAGUGGAAUUUGCUGCCAAGGAGUGUGGUGGAGUCUCCUUUCUUUGGAGGUCUUUAAGCAGAGGCUUGACAGGCAAAUGUCAAGAAUGCUUUCGUGGUGUUUUCUGCUUGGCAGGGGGUUGGACUGGAUGGCCCUUGUGGUCUCUUCCAACUCUAUGAUUCUAUUAUUCUACUAGAUGACCCGGCCACGCGUUGCUGUCAGCCAUAUGUCAAUAAUGCUUUGAUGGUGUUUCCUGCUUGGCAGGGGGCUGGACUGGAUGGCCCUUGUGGUCUCUUCCAACUCUGAUUCUACGUCUUUUAAAAGCAGGAUAGUUGCUGAUUUCCUUGACCUCUGAUGGGGGAGGGUGCCACCACCGAAAAGGCCCUCUGUGCUUGUAUUACACUGAAUCCUAGAGUGGGGUGGGACGGGGGGGGGGGAAUCCUUGUGUGCUCUUCCAUGUCAAAAAUCACACAAAAGCCAGGAAACAGCCAGCCCGAGCCCUUUGCAACGUCCCUUUCCACAAGCGAUGAUGCCUUCAUACGGCAUUUGUUUUGACAAUCCAAAUUAGGGUUCAACCAACUUUUUCGGGAGGGGCCCAGUCCGCUGUCCCUCAGACCUUGUGGGGGGCUGGACUGUAUUUUUUGGGGGGGAGGGGGAUGAACAAAUUCCUAUGCCCCACAAAUUAAUAAAAGGACCCAUUCGACUCAUGUGAAAACAAGCCCUAGGUCAGGCAUCCCCAAACUUUGGCCCUCCAGAUGUUUUGGACUACAAUUCCCAUCUUCCCCGACCACUGGUCUUGUUAGCUAGGGAUCAUGGGAGUUGUAGGCCAAAACAUCUGGAGGGCUGCAGUUUGGGGAUGCCUGCCCUAGGUGAUAGUAUGUCAAUAUGCAGACCUUGUGUGUAUUUUUUUUUGGGGGGGGGGGAAUGAACAAAUUCCUAUGCCCCACAAAUCACCCAGAGGUUCAUUUUAAAGAAAAGGACACAUUCGACUCACGUGAAAACAAGCUAGUAUGUCAAUACGCAGGUCUGAUCAAAACCACACAGUCCGGCCCAGACCCGUGUCCAGAAAACCUCGCCUUCGCAGAUUAACAGAACAUUAAUGCAUCGAUGUGCAUUAAGGAAUCAAAUGCAAAGGUUUACGACACACAAUUUCUUCCACCCAUUCUUACCUGAUAUUGUACCUGUUAUCACAUCCCUUCCGGUGGAGUGUCUCAAGGGGGGAUUAAGGGAAGGGGCGUUACGGGAAGCAAUCUAUAUAUAUAUAAAUGUAAAAAUCUUGAAAUUGACGGCCGCUAUGUUCUCUGUAACCGCUUGACCGAUCGUCCUGAUAUUUUGACACAGUGAUCCAGGCCACUCCCCGAGGGUUGUAGGGGACAUGAAAAACCUCAAAUCACACACCUCGGCAGGAUUUGACCCGCUUUUCCACCAAGUCAAACAGCGCCCUCAAGUGGAAUUCCUCCCACAGUACACCCCUCCCUUCCUGAGAAAUCUAAGCUACACCCACAAACCAAAUGACAUCAUCAUCAACCAAGCAACUUAAACCACACAGGCGGCCAUUAUCAGACAGACUAGGCCGCUUUCAAGACUAGGCCAAGUGGAGGUAAGGGGGGGGGGCAAUAGAGGGCAGGGAUACGUAAUGGGUCAGAACAGGGGGGGGACGACACAGGGAUGAAACCUGCCCUCUCCACAAUAUCUCACCUCGGCUUUGCAGACUAGGCCGCUUUCCAAACUAGGCCAAGUGGAGGUAAGGGGGGGGGGCGAAUAGAGGGCAGGGAUAUGUAAUGGGUCAGAACAGGGGAUGACGACACAGGGAUGAAACCUGCCCUCUCCACAGUGUCUCGCCUCGACUCAGGGGGACUCUGAGGCUCAGGGGGAUCUGAAGGGGGGCUAUUACCCUCCAUUUCACAGACUAACGCACAGCAACGCGUGCAGGGCCAGCUAGUACUGUAUAAAAAGUAAUAAACGUCUCCCGUUUGAGGGGGGGUCUUCUCCUUUCCUCCUCGGGGAGACUGGCUUCGAGCGUGCUGCCGCAGAAAUCUCAAAUAAAGAUCCAGCUUUGCUGCAA